AUGGCGCUGACAAAUUUCACUAAAGAUGAAAGCGAGAGCAGACAACUAAGCCAGUGCUCGGAUAUCGAUGAAUUUACUGGAGAAGUAGAUGGCGAGUUUAUCUUUCUUUCAGUUGUAAAUAGUCUUCUGUCCGUUACCGCAUUUCUGGGGAACACUUUGAUUCUAGUUGCCCUACACAAGGAGACUUCACUUCAGCCGCCGUCCAAAGUUCUGUUUUGUAGCCUAGCGUUAACUGAUCUCUUUGUUGGUAUCAUCGCUGGUCCAUUGACUGUAACUUAUGAAAUUUCUGUUGUGAAGGGAAGAGGGGAUAUUUGCUAUUACGCAGUUUUGAUGUCAGAUUUCUCAAGUUAUACUUUGUGUUCAGUGUCUUUAUUAACACUGACGGCAAUAAGUGUGGACAGACUUCUCGCCUUGUUGUUGGGUCUUAGAUACAGACAAGUUGUGACUUUGAAAAGAACACGUGUAACUGCAAUUGGUUUAUGGAUUUUGUCCAUUUUCGGGGCAUCUACUUUGUUUUGGAAUCGUCUUAUUGUUUCUUGGUAUCAAUACAUAGGUACAACUGCGUGUCUAGUGAUUACAAUCUUCGCUUACACUAAAAUUUUCUUCACUUUGCGUCAUAACCACAUUAACCAUGUUCCUAAAGCACAACCGAGCAAAGCAAUUCCCCUGAACAUAGCUCGAUACAGAAAGGCAGUGUCCAGUGUAUUGUGGGUACAGGUAACAUUGGUUGUUUGCUAUCUGCCGUUUUCUAUAGUGGUAGCUCUCACACCUCAAAAAGGGAUUCCUUCGUCUUUUUUCCUUGCUUGGGAGUUUACAGCUACUUUAUUGUAUUUAAACUCUUCGCUAAAUCCAUUGUUAUAUUGCUGGAAGAUUAAAGAAGUAAGGCAAGCGGUAAAAGAAACAUUAAAGCAACGUUUUUGUUCAUCGAGUUAA